GAAAUGUGGUUCUCCUGACAGUUGUGCUAUAUAAAAAAACGCGACUCAAGCACAUGGUUUCUAUCUAUUGCCAUCGUCGUAUGCCCGGUGUGUGUGGUUUCGUGUCGGCCGCUAAAAUAUUGUGAUCGUUCCGUUGCAGAAGUGUGCUAAUAAUCCCGAUCGUGUUACUGGUGCUUCCCGCAAGGUGCCACGAUGAAGGAGCAAUCCGGCCGCAAGGCUGGCAUGCUGAUGGACAAAACGGUGUUCGGCUACUUCAAGCAUUUCGUCAGCGACGACGAUGAGGCGCGGGUAAAAGGCGCCUGCGGGUUGAUCGAGUUUUUGUGCAAUGGCCAGAAAAUCAAGCCGCACAACGGUACCGACGAUGCCGAGGAAGAAUCCGUUGUUCCUAAAACGGCCGAAACUGCAUACGCACUGAAGCGCUUGGUCCGCGGCGUAGGUUCGAUGCAAAACGACUCGCGAAUCGGUUUCUUCACCGCGCUCGUAGGGCUGCUGGAACGAUUGCGCGGCAGGGAGGAUGAAUGCCCCUCGGUUACGGAACUAUUUACGUUGGUGAAAUCGGAGCUCACCGAGUCCGAGCUUGGGGAAGGGGAGGAAGAAAAGCAUAAAACUCCGCUCGAGCUGCGCAUCGGAAAGAUUCUCGUUUGCGGCGCCAUCAUAAAGUCGGGCCUGAUCGACGAUGCGUCCGAGCUGGAGCUGCAAACGGUGCUGAAAACGCUGAAGAAGGACAUGUACAAAAUGCUCGUACCGCUGGUGUACACGUUUCUGAACGAGCUGGCCAACCGGCUCGAGGCGUCCAAGUUUUCCAAAGUGUUCUGGCCCGUGUUCGAGCCGGUGCUGAACGUGCCGAAGGAAAAGCACACGAUCGAUUCGGCGUUCUUUCUGCUGCAGCUGUCCACCGGGCCGCACAAGAAGCUGAUCAAUCAAAAGUACUUCGAGCACAACUUCGGUGCCCCGAAGCUGCUGCACGAGCAUAACUUUCCCUUCCUGGCGCAGCUGCUGUUCGGCAUUGGCAGCACGAUGGGGAUCAAUCACCCGUUCUACGAGUGUCUGCUGCGGGAACUGAACAAGCUAAAUACGCUGGUGCCGUUCUGGCGUGACGCCAUCGUGCCCGUGUUGGAGCAGGAGAACCGCGGCUCCAAGCCGAAGCACCGCGACAUCAUCGUGCUACGGUUGGUGGUAUCGGUUUUCAACCUGCUGGAAGAUGGCACCCUCGUGCCGGAAGUGUUGCAGCCAGCGUUUGUAAAGUUUCUCGUCAACAAUCUGAAAAAUCGAAACAAGUACAGCGAGGACGUGCGCAACCUGUACCAGGAAGUGUGCGCCGCACUGCUGCAAACCUAUCCCAAGAUGCAGGACGAAAGCGCUCGGCUGGAAACGCUGCGCCGUCUGAUGCAUGCCCCGGGUAGUGUUCUGAUCGAGAAGUACGCGAAUUGCAAGCUGCUGCACAAUCUGCUCACCACACUGUCAGCGGAAAGCUUACGCACCGUGGGGAGUGAACUGAAGGCGACCAUACUGGAUGACGCGGCGACGGGCACGAACGGGGAGCGGUCGUACGCUGCCUACAUGCUGCAGCGGUUGCUCUCCCUCCGUCAGCUGACCACACAAUCGGAUGACAAAGGACAGGCGGAGGGGUGGCACCAGGAGGUGGUAAAGUUUUUGCUCACACUCGGCGUGUUUUACUCCGCGGACGGAGUAAGUGUGCUGAAGGCUUCCAAACAGGACAAAGCACUCUCUGCCGAGCUGGCGAAGACGAUGCGCGGACUGUUCUUCAGCUCGCUUCAACACCGCCAUCCGAAGCUAUCGGUCGAGCGCGCCUUCCUGUUCUCGAUCGUACGCCAUGUGGACGAGGUAAUGCGUGCGCACGGGACCAAGUGUCUGCGCAGCGCGCUGACCGACGAGCAGAUGUCCUGCUGGAAUAAGAUGUUUGCUACGGUGACGAGCGAAUCGUCGCCGGUCGGCAAGAAGCAAAAAAGCAAAAAACGCCAAUCCGUAGGCGACGCAGCGGAAACGCAAUGCGACACGGUGUUUCACAUACUGCUGAUGCACAUGGGGCUGCAUCUGUUUAGCGAUCCGGAAGUAGCGUGUAGCUCCAUCGAGGAGCUCGAGUGCGUGAUGAAGCGAAUCGAGGAGAAGGCAAAGCAGCGGCGCCAGGGUAGCAAUGGGGAUGCCAACGGUGGUAGGAAGAAGAAGAGGGCCAGCGAGUUGACGAUCGAGCUGGAACCGGCCGAACCCGAGUGGAUCGAGGUGGUGGUGGAUCUGUUCCUGAAUCUGCUUUCGCAAAAUUCACACCUGCUGCGCAACGUGAUUGCGCACCUGUUUCCGCAUCUUUCGAGCGAGAUAACGCUUCCGGCGCUCAAUCAAAUUCUGUCGGUGAUCAAUCUGAAGGACAAAUCGAACCCACUGACGGUACCGGGCGAGGAGGAUGAAAGUGAGGCGGAAGAGGUGGAGGACGACGAAAAUGGUUCCACGGACAGUGGCGAGGAAGAAGAUGAAGAAGAGGAAGAUGAGGAGGAAAGCGUAAAGAAGCACGCAGCAAACGGGGAUGGCAAUGAGGAGGAGGACGACGAGGAAGACGAUGAGGACGACGACGAGGACAUAAUGGGAGACGAGGAGGAGGAAGACAACAUUACGGACACCAUGCGGGCAGCGAUACAGACGGCACUGGGUGGAGCGAAUCCGGAAACCGACACCGAAUCGGUAGAUCUGGACGAACUGGACGAGGAGCAGGGACGCCGGCUGGACCAAGCGCUAACGGCAGCGUUCCGGGCGUUCCGCAAGAAGCAAUCCGCACGCAAGCGAAAGGGACCGACGAAGGCGGAAAAGCAGAUGGACAUCGUGCUGACGCACUUCCGGAUGCGCGUGCUCGACCUGGUCGAUGCGUACCUCAAGCACGAACCGGACAUGCUGCUCUGCCUCGAGCUGAUGCUGUACAUCUUCGAAAUGCUGCCGGUGGCAUUGCGCGAGGAGUCCAAGUACGGGUCGAUUCUGACGCGCUACCGCCAGAUCUUCACCACGCUGAACCGCAUCAAGAAGUUCAAACGGGACGCGGAGGACGUGCGGCCGGAGCAGCUGGAACAGAUACUGCGCGAUUUGAUCGAGAAGGUCGCUAAGGGUGCCGCCUUCCCGGAGCGCAACGAGUACCUGCUGAAGGCGUGCCAGUUCAUCGUCAUCUGCAGCCAGGUGUUGGGCAAGGAGGCGGCAGCCGGUGGUGCCAGUGGUCCCAACGCGGUGGACAGAAUGUUCGGCGAGCUGCUGGAAGAGUUCAUCACGAACCGCAACCCGUCGCUGGCGUUCAGCGCGUUUCAGAGCCUGUUCCAGAUGCAGUGGAGCGGCGUGUGGCACCUGACCGGUAAGCUGGUGCACGGUGGGCUGCAGGUAGGCUCUGUACGUGCGAUUCGCCGAAUACAGACACUGCAGUUGCUGCGCGAGCUGUUGCGGAAUCGCCGACUGCUGAACGCGGAUCAGGCCCGUUCGGCCGGUGAGCUGCGGACGAUCUGUACCGACGGGAUCGCACCGUACGUGGCGCAACUGGAGGCUGCAGUUGUCGCUGGCGAUCGCACCAUCGGACAGAACGAACUGUACGAGCUGCUGCUGGUGCUGAGCGAAGUGCAACGUCUUCCAUCGCAUCUAGGAGCAGCCCCAUCCGUUGCCGGUAGCAACGGCAAGAAGGCGACUAAAAACCAGCAACAGUCUCUGCUCAAUUGGAAAACUAUCGGCACGCAGAUACAGUCGAUGCGCCUAUUCGCCCUUAACGCCCAAACGAUGGCCACCUAUCGGCAGUUCUGUAAACGUUGGCAUCUGAACCCGAUCAGCAACGAAGGACUGCCGUUGCUGAAGGAGAACGGGCUUAAUGCGGUGGAAGCGACAAACGGUGCUGGUGGCGGCACCACCGUGUCUAAAAAGGGUAAGGACAAAACACAGAAAACAACGAACGAUGAGGAGGACGAUGAAGAGGAGGAAGAGGAAGAGGAGGACGAUGAAGAGGAGGAAGAGGAAGAGGAGGAGGAGGAAGAGGAUGCUCCACACCUGCUGAACGGCCACAGUGCAAACGACGAUAGUAGUGCAGCUGAAGAGGAAACCGAAGAACGUGGGGGUAAGGCGAAGCGCAAGCAAAAGAAGGGCAAAGCGACAAACGGCCAUAGUGCUGCCAAUGGAAACGCGCAAGAAGAGGAGCAGCACAAUGAUGAGAACGGCGAGGAAGGGAUGGAAGUCACUGAAGAGCCAACCAACCGGAAGCGCAAGAAGGACAAGAUAGUGCAGAAUGGUGCGGCCAGCGAAGACGGCGUAUCGUCUAAGAAGGAAAAGCGGCGGCGAAAGGAGGCCUUGUUGCAGGCCGCUUCCGAAGGCAUGGAAGAUUUUUCGUUUGCGAGGGCUAUACAGAUAGAGUAAAACGUUCACUACACACACAGAUGUUAGUGUGUGCAUGCACACGCGGGAGUUUUAGCGUGAGGCGCAACUUGUUUAAGUUAAGCAUUUUUAAUGUGAAAAUCAUUAAAUAUCGCUCGUCAAUAAUUUGGAACGCUUUCUCCUGUUUUGUGGGAGGGCAUCCGAACUGUUGUGGUAUAGUUUGGGUUUUUGUACCCAUGCAAACGUUUCUAAUUUCUGUUUUUCAUAUCUAAGGGCGAAUAAACAUACAGCGAGACAUAACAUUGACCUACAGAAAGGAACGAACGAUCGAACCCAGCUAGAUAGGUAGCAGAGUAUGAGGCGUAGUCCCCACUUAUUUCAUUUAAGGUGUGAGCCGGCACCUAAACAUUAUAGUGUGUAAAUUUUAGGACAUUAUACAGUGAAUAAAUUUAAAAUACCCCUUGAAAUGAUACGAA